AUGGCCACCGUCAAUCUCAAUCCAAACGGGUGCUCAGUUCCCGCAACGGUCGUCGGAUCUAGCGCGUCCAUCCACUCGAUACAGGGCAAAGACCAAUGGGUUAAACUAAAUGUUGGCGGGACCUGUUUUCUGACGACCAAAACCACGCUUUCCCGCGAUCCAAACUCAUUCCUAUCCCGACUCAUUCAGGAGGACAGCGAUCUCAUUUCCGAUCGGGACGAAACGGGCGCGUACCUCAUCGAUCGAGAUCCGCGCUAUUUCGCUCCGGUUCUGAACUACCUGCGCCACGGCAAGCUCGUCCUGGAUGAUGGCCUCUCUGAGGAGGGCGUGCUGGAGGAGGCCGAGUUCUACAACGUCACGCACCUGAUCGGUUUGCUGAAGGACAACAUUGCGCGGCGUGAGCAGCGCCCGGCGGCGGACAAAAAGCGCGUCUACCGGGUGUUGCAGUGCCAGGAGAACGAGCUAACGCAGAUGGUUUCGACCAUGUCCGAUGGGUGGCGAUUUGAGCAGUUAAUCAACAUUGGCACGCAGUACAACUACGGCACGGAGGAGAACGCCGAGUUUCUGUGUGUCGUGUCGAAGGAAUGCGCCAAUACGCUCAUUGGCCGCGAGGUGGAAUCGAAUGAUCGCGCUAAGGUGCUACAACAGAAGGGCUCGCGCAUGUAA